GGACAAGGAUGAACGCCAAUUUCCAAGAUGGCGGCGGAGGGAGGAGGGAAGGAGAUGAACGAAAUUAAAACUCAAUUCACCACCCGAGAAGGCGUCUAUAAACUCCUCACUCACUCCGAAUACAGCCGCCCGAACAGGGUGCCUUUCAACUCGCAGGGCUCGAAUCCCGUCAAGGUCUCCUUCGUCAACGUGAACGACCAGUCCGGCAACUGCGACAGGAUCUGUUUCAAUGUGGGCCGGGAACUCUACUUUUAUAUCUACAAAGGCGUCAGAAAGGCUGCCGAUCUUAGUAAGCCCAUAGACAAGAGGAUAUACAAAGGAACGCAGCCCACAUGUCAUGACUUCAACCCCCUCACAGCUACAGCAGAGAGCGUCUCCCUGCUCGUGGGCUUCUCAGCAGGUCAGGUGCAGCUCAUAGACCCGAUCAAGAAGGAAACCAGCAAACUCUUCAAUGAAGAGAGACUUAUCGACAAGUCACGAGUAACGUGUGUGCGAUGGGUUCCUGGUUCAGAAAGCUUGUUUUUGGUGGCCCACUCAAGCGGCAGCAUGUACUUGUACAAUGUGGAAAACACCUGUGGCACCACGGCGCCACACUACCAGCUCCUGAAGCAGGGUGAAAACUAUGCUGUGCAUACAUGCAAGAGCAAGUCAGCCCGCAACCCGCUACUGCGCUGGACUGUUGGCGAAGGAGCGCUCAAUGAGUUUGCCUUUUCCCCUGACGGGAAGUUUCUGGCUUGUGCGAGCCAGGAUGGCUUCCUGCGUGUGUUUGGCUUUGACGCCGCAGAGCUCCACGGGACUAUGAAGAGCUACUUUGGUGGCUUACUGUGUGUCUGCUGGAGCCCAGACGGACGAUACAUUGUGGCGGGAGGGGAGGAUGACCUGGUGACGGUGUGGUCGUUUUCAGACUGUAGGGUAAUUGCACGAGGGCACGGUCACAAGUCAUGGGUGAGUGUGGUGGCAUUUGACCACUGCACCACCAGCGUGGAGGAUGGUGACCCCCCUGCUGAGUUCAGUGGCAGUGAUGAGGAAUUCCAUGAGCAGAUUCACUUUGGUGCAGGCAGAGACAGAGCUAACAGCGCUCACUCUCGUCUUUCUAAGAGGAACUCUACUGACAGUCGACCUGUUAGUGUAACAUACAGGUUUGGCUCAGUGGGUCAGGACACCCAGCUGUGUCUGUGGGACCUUACGGAAGACAUUCUCUUCCCUCACCUCCCUUUGUCCCGCACAAGGACUCACACUAAUGUAAUGAACGCCACAAGCCCCCCAACCACUGGACAAACUACUACUACUACGACUACUAUAUCCACUACUAAUCCCAGUGGCACCAAUGGUAAAGACAUUGUGAGCAAUAGCAGUACAAGUGCUAACCCUGCUAACUCCCUCCCUGGCACUCUUCCUCGGUCCAACAGCUUGCCCCAGGCCACCAACCCACCAGGUGGCAGCACGCCCAACAGCCACACAGGCAGCAGCACCAACAGCAGCGGCAGCACCAAGGGCAACAGCAUCAUCGACAGUGCUUUCAUCGCUACGGGUGUCAGCAAGUUUGCCACUCUGUCGCUACAUGACUCACGUAAGGAGCGCCACGAGAAGGACCACAAGCGGAACCACAGCAUGGGGCACAUCAGCAGCAAGAGCAGCGACAAGCUCAACCAGCUCAGCUCGUCUCGAACGGCGAAAGCAGAAGUGGCAAAGACUCUGGGCACAAUGCUGUGCCCACGGAUGGAAGACGUGCCGCUGCUGGAGCCGCUGGUGUGCAAGAAGAUCGCUCACGAGAGACUCACUGUGUUAAUCUUCCUUGAGGACUGUCUGGUAACAGCCUGUCAGGAGGGUUUCGUUUGCACAUGGGCUAGGCCCGGGAAAGUGGGAUUGCUAUCAUCUCAAAACAACCCCGCCAACUCCCCCAGUGGAACAGUAGUAUAGCCCCAGUGCAGGUGCUGCUAAUGACAGCUCCAUGCAACAGAGACGGGGAUGACCAAGGCCAUGGCCCUGCAGCGCUUCUUCACACACUGUCACACACCACAUGACCUCCAGUGUCACCUUCAUUCUCGUCACUACGAGCACCCAGACGCUCUCUUUGUCUUACUGCUCAUGAUUAGAUAAGAGAUGUUGGCCAAGCCAGGGUUAGAAGUUGAACCCCCUUUUUUUCUGUUGGAAGUAAGAGAGCAAGCUUUAAAUCGUCCAGGUUUAUAAUAGGGGUUGACUGGCUCGGUGUUCCAUCUGUGGUCAUAUCAAGUGGCGUCUAGUCUGAAAAUAACAAACUCUAGAACCCAAUCCUUUGUGCCUGUAGAUCGUAUAAGACUAGACAUGCAGUAAGCAGUGUGUUGAUGCCUCCACCUAACCUUUUUAAAGGUUUUAAUUCUGACAUGUUUCCCAUAUUCUGUUUCUUCAAAACGUAUACCAGAUAAAGGGAAAAAAGAUUGUUUUGGAGCAGCAGCACACCCCUGAUGCCAAGUCUUUAAUUUGUCACUACCAAGGUGAUUCCUUGUGCAGCCCCAGUCUUUAACAUGAGUUCAACAAAGACUGGGGCUCCUCACCCCCCUUCCCCUUCCCCUCACAUGUAUUAGAAUCAGAGGUAUCACACUUUAAAGUGAAUUUGCACAGAUUUUUUUUUGUUUUCUUCAAUCUUUUCCCAUUUUUGGAAUUCAUGAUGGUGGAAACCAAGCAAAAUAUUUUGGGGACAGGUUGCAGAAGCACUUGUGGGGGGAGGGGAGGGAUCGGCUUGUUAUUGCCCUCUGUCUCGACGCUGGAUGCUGCAAUCAUUAUAGUUUUUUAUAUGGAAAAAAAAUUGUUUGCACUUAAUAGUUUGUUAGAGGAGAAUGGCUUUACAUUUUUGGAGUGUGUAAGGACUCCUUGACAAGGUUGAAAUAUAAAUAGAAUUUAAGAAGAAAAACCUUUGUAUCUAUUAAACAUUUAUUUUAAUAUUGUUUCAAAUUAAAUGGGCUCUGUAUUAUAUGUAAAUAUUGUACUUCAAUGAUUUAUGGGUGAAAUUAUCAUUACAUUAGUUCAAAGAUCCUCAUUUCAGAAAAUAGUGAUAUUUCUACUACAGAAAAUCUAUACAUAAUAUUAAAAUGAUUCUUGAAUAUGCAGGUGAAACUGUUUUUUCCUGUUGUACAUAAAGAGAAUUCAGGUGUAUUUUUAUUAAUGAAACGUUUGGUAUAGGAGAUGUCUAUGAAAUCAUCUUAUCUAACAGGUAGUGCUGAAUGCUAGCUAGCCUGUCGCUGCAGAUUCAUUUUACAACAUAGGCAGGCAGGUAGGUGUAGGCGCAGCGGUCUAAUUCAGCCAUCACUCUGAGCUCAGGUAAACCACAGGAAGACUAACGCUGGCAUAGUUCCCCUCACUAUAGUCUCAUUCAUCAACAUGUGUGAAUUCACUUUGACUAACAAAAUAAGACUGACAACCGUGUUCCGAGGACAGGGCUGAGAUCUGAGUCCUGUGUUUUUGUGAUAAUAAUUACUGAACUGAUGCUGAACUUGUGAACAAACAUUUGACACUGUGUUCAAUACCAACUGACUCAUGUCGGCACUUGAUGAUGGGAAUUAGGUGAGCGUGUUUUUACAAGCACCUGCAUAUAGGAUGACUGAGGAUUUUAAUAGUGGGAGCCUUUUCCUUCAUGUGACGCCUAUUAAAACCGCUUUGACAGAU